AGACGUACGUUCAUUCAAUUAUUGACAGUUCAGUCAGACAUCAUGUCGGAUCUUUGUUUUGCGUUUAUUUAGCUUGGCUUUGUUCAUAUCGUCAUCAAUAUUUACUAAUCAAUUAAUCUGUAUAUAGAUAUAAAACAAUGAGUUCCAAGAUAAACUAUGUAUUGUGUCGGUGCUGUGCCUCUGAAGGGACGUUUAAAGAUUUAUCAACCAAGUACCACUGGAUGGGUGAAGUGGAAAUUUAUGCAGAUAUGCUAAAAGAUUGCUUCGAUGUUCAUCUUAUGUUACAGCUAAGCUCGUCGGUGGACAGCGAGGAGGGCGGCAUCUGUGAAGUGUGCAUCACGCAGCUGCGGAAUGCUGCCAACUUCAAGAAGCAGGUGCUGCACACUGAGAAGCUGUUUAUAAAGAGGUUGCAGGAGAAACUUUACGAUACAGAUGCAGUGAAGGUGGAAGUCUCGCCCCUGAACGACGACCUGGAGUCAGACCACGUGACUGAAGAAUUUCCAGAAUAUGAAGUACCAAUCAAAGAGGAGCAGCAAGAGGCUAAGCCAAGAAAGCGAGCGGCAAAACUCGCCGCCUCUCGGCCUAAGAGGUCCAAAGCUGACCCUGGCGAUACUAAACGUGACGCCGACUAUACCACUCGGGUAAAAAUAGAUGCUGAUCUAAAAAGUGAGGACAAACAUCUACAUUUACCAGGAAUCACCAUAAGAAAACUGAGCUCGGAUAAAAAAGGAAAAGACAACGCUAUUAAGAAAACUGCCACGAGCAUAAUGUCCGACCAAACUGAAUUUAAAAAGCAAUUACACAAUAUCAAACAGAUUUUACUAAACUCCAAUGCGACACCGAUAAAAAGCUACUCGAAAUUUGGCUACUAUUGUAAUUUCUGUCCGGAACAUUUCACGAAACCCACUGAAUUGAAACUGCACACGUUGUCCAAUCACGAGGAUGUAGAAGGAGUGAAAUUUGUGAAAGCCACAUUGUCACAUCUCAUCGUGAAGUUAGAUAUAACAGAUCUGAAAUGUUUCCUUUGUAACGAUGCAAUCGAAAGUCUACAACAACUUGUGGAUCACUUACAAAACGACCACGACAAACAUUUUUACACAGACAUCAACAACCACAUUCUACCUUUCAAAUUUGGUGAAGAUCCAAAUGACUUCCGAUGUGUCUUAUGCCCUAAUGUGUACAAGCGUUUUAAGCAAAUUCAAGAACACAUGGGCGUGCAUUACCCUAAUUACACAUGCGAUGUGUGCAGUUCUACGUUUGUGAAUAAGAAUUCGUUGAAAUGCCACAUGGAGAGACACGAGCGAGGCGAGUACAGAUGUCGCUUUUGCCCGAAAGUUUUCAACACGCACAUUAAUAAGUGUGACCAUGAAAGACGCAUACACAUUGACGGCGAUUUACGAAACAAAUGCCCGCAUUGCCCGGCGAGAUUCGGGAAUUACAACAAGCGUAAUGAACACGUGGUCAAAGAGCAUGGCGCCCAACCUGUAACCUUCGAUUGUCUCGCGUGUGAUAAAGUCUUUAAUACGAAAGUUGAUUUGACGAUGCACACGAAGCGAGAUCAUUUAAUGGAACGCACUCAUCAGUGUUCAGAGUGCAAGGCGUGUUUUUUUUCUAGAAAAUGCCUGAAGAUGCAUAUGUAUAAGCAUAGUGGCGUAAAAGAGUUCAAAUGUCAGUUUUGCUUUAAAAGUUUCGCCAGGAAGAACACUCUCAAACAGCAUUUGCGUAUCCAUUUAAAUGACAGGAGGUACAAGUGUGGAAAGUGUGCUCAAACCUUCAUUCAGAAGUGUAGCUAUCAGAAACAUAUGUGCACGAAACAUGGUGACGCCGACGUUACAACUCGUGUAAGAGUUAGUGAUCCCGUUGUAAAUACUGGGGGGAAUCUUCUACAUUUACCAGAAAUGACCAUAAGAAAAUUGGGCUCCAAUAAAAAAGGGGAAUACAAUGAAAAAAACGCCGUUAAUAUAAAGGCCGACAGAGUUGAAUUAGAAAAACAUAUACAUAAUAUUGAGCAGAUUCUACAAAACUCCAACGCAACUCCAAUAAAAUUCCAUUCGAGCUUAGGCUACUCAUGUAACUUCUGUCCAAAACAUUACACGAAACCCGCUGAAUUGAAACUACACACAUUGGCCAAACAUGAAAAUGUCGAAAACCUGAGAUUUGCGAAAGGCACUUUGGCAUCUCUCGUCGUGAAGUUAGAUAUAACAGAUCUAAAAUGUUUCCUGUGUCGCAAACACAUCGAAAGUCUACAGGAAUUUGUGGAUCACUUACAAUGCGACCAUAGCAAAAAAAUUUACACCGACAUCAACAACCACAUACUGCCUUUCAAAUUUAGUGACGACCCGAAUCACUUCGAAUGCGUUCUAUGCCGUGAUGUGUUCAAAAGUUUCAAGCUCACUCAAGAACACAUGCACAUUCAUUAUACAAAUUACACAUGUGAUAUCUGCAAUAGUACGUAUGUAAAUAAGCUUUGUUUGAAAUACCACGUGGAGAGACACAUGCAAGUAUCCAGCAAAAAAGGAAAAGGCAGUGAAAAUAUCGCAAUUAAUAGAGAUAAUUACAUAAUGGCCGAUCAAGUUGAAUUCAAAAAACAUUUACAUAAUAUUAAGCAGAUUCUAAACAACUCCAAUGCCACUCCGGUUAAAGCAUACACAAGCUUGGGUUACUUUUGUAAUUUCUGCCCGGAGAAUUUCAAGAAACCCGCCGAUUUGAAACUACACACUUUGGACAAUCAUAAAAAUAUAGGAAAGUUGAAAUUCACAAAAGGCGGCAUGUCGUAUCAUCUCGUGAAGUUAGACAUAACAGACCUGAAAUGUUUCCUUUGUCAGAAUGAUAUCGAAAGUCUGCAACAACUUGUGGAUCACUUACAAAACGACCACGACAAACAUUAUUACACCGACAUCAACAACCACAUUCUUCCGUUCAAAUUUGGUGCAGAUCCAAAUGACUUCCGAUGUGUCUUAUGCCCUAAUGUGUACAAGCAUUUUAAGCAAGUUCAAGAACACAUGGGCGUGCAUUAUCCUAAUUACACAUGCGAUGUGUGCAGUUGUAUGUUUGUGAGUAAGUCUUCGUUGCAACGCCACGCGGAGCGACACGAACAAGGUCAGCACGAAUGCAGUUUUUGUCCCAAGGUAUUCAGCUCGCACGGCAAUAAGUAUGACCAUGAAAGACGUGUACACAAAUCUGGUAAUUUAAGAAACAAAUGCCCGCAUUGUCCGGCGAGAUUCAUAUGUUACAACCAGCGGAACAGGCAUAUGGUGAAAGAGCAUGGCGCCCAACCUGUAACCUUCGAUUGUCUCGCGUGUGACAAAGUAUUUCCCUCGAGAAAGCAUUUGACGAAGCACACGAAGCGUGACCAUUUGAUGGAGCGGCGACAUCAGUGUCAGGAGUGCCAGGCGCGCUUUUUUGCCGCCAAAGACCUCAAAAAACAUAUAUAUACGCAUACGGGCGUGAAAGAUCACAAAUGUGAGGUUUGUUUAAAAGAAUUCGCCUUGAAGGUUAAUCUCAGAACGCAUAUGCGUAUACAUUCGAACGACAGGAGAUUCAAGUGUAGGAGUUGUGGACAGACUUUUAUUCAUAAGUGUAGUUAUCGCAACCAUAUGCGCACACAACACGACGAAGUCGUAUAAUAGUUAUUCUAUGAUACAUUCCUUUGAAGCAGUCUUAAAUAGAAACAAAAAUACCAGAACACAGUUCGAAACAAGUUGCAGAACGAGUGCCUUUUUCGCAUCCCAAAAACAUAUACUUCACUUCGCGGCCUUUUCAGUGACAACUGUCGGGCUACCAUGAAACGUAAAACAUGUAGCGCGUCAUAUUUGUACGAUGCGUAGACGAUAUGGGAAAAAGAGAGCAUGUGGAACAUCCACAUGCUCUAGUAACGUCUACGUGUUUAUAUUUCGUGGUAGGCUUUCUGUCUAUGUUGACGUUCCGUCGCGUUGUCACUUUCUCAUUUGAUCGUUUCUAAUUCAAAUUCAAAUCAUUUAUUCAGAAAUUAGACCUUCACAGGCACUUUUUCUCGUAAAUUUUUAUAUUUACAGUUAUUUCUUACAAUCUACAAACUACUGGCAUUUCGGAACGACCACUGCUGAGAAGAAAUGCCGAAAGAAACUAAUUUGAACAGUGUUGGUCCCUAUCAUGCCAGAUCGGCUUACCAUUAUUGUUUCUUACAAUGUUUUUUUUUUUUUUUCUAAUAAAAGUACAUAGUCAAAAGGUAAAACAGGUUAUGAUUGUGAUGCGAGUGCUGAUUACUGUAUCUCGGCCGUAGAACGUCUGAGCCUACCAUUUACCUCUGUAUCCUGACGCAUUACCUUGGAGUUAUUAAUCCAGCAUGGCUUGCGCCUUCUGUGACGAUCAGGCUAGCUUUACCAUUAUUAGCAUUUAGUGGGAGCUUCUCGAUCGCAAUGCCCAUGGAGCAUUCCGACCGAGAAGCUCCCACUGGGCAGUGAUCUCCCCUGGCCAGUUUGGAAAGCCCUAAACACUUCGUGCUGGUGUUUGGAGAUGCCGAGAAAACAGAGUUAAAUGUGACCUCUCAAAUAAUGCUGUGACUGUGGAGCGGUUCAGUCCAUGGCUGUGUCUUGCCCAAACUGUCCCUCCUGCUCCAUAGAGGAUCUGUAUGAGGCCAACGACAAGGCUGUGCUGUUGCAGCAGUGGCUGUGGCUACGUACUGGUCUAAAUUGAUAUAAUUUGUUUGCUAUUUCGACUCGAAAAGAAGGACAAGCGUUUCCACCCACUGCGGGGCACAUGCCUUCUGUCUAAGUCGACCUUCUCUGUCCUGGACCAUCCUUAUCCAGUUAUUGUCAGCCUUAAUAAACCUUUACGUUCUCAACGCAUCUAGAUGCCGGAUGUUCUUCGCUGCCUUUUCCAUUUCUGAGAGUAGUAUAGUUCUCGGCAACUGCAUUCUGUUGGCAAAUAUGCAUUUCUUUCUUUGCAUUAAUUAUUGUAAUGUGUCUGUAUGUAGUAAGGUUAAAAAUAACCAAGAUUUUGUUUUAAUAAUGUACGUUUGUACCCUUUUGUACAUUUUGCAGGACACGUUAUAAGAAUUAAAUUCUUGUGUCUGGUUUAGUGAAAGGCUCAAUCAUUUUAUUAUGUAUGUAGAUUAAAACUUGUUAUUCAUAUUGUACUUUUUCAUUUAGUAUAGGUUGUUUGAAUGUUAGAUAUAGUUACUUAAUAAAGUUUACGAAUAAACGAAUUCUUACUUUUAUUUUUCACUUACCAACGUUUUUCAUGGAGCAAAAUAAAAACGUAGAAUAUGCCAGCUACUUCUCCCGCGCAGAUUGUAAAUGUCAAUCAAGGGAAACUAAUAAGGCAAAUGUUCGUCUUUUAAUAUGGUAUAUAAUUUAGUUCGUUUUUUUCACUUUAUUGACAGACUUAAUUAAUUUUAAUUUUAUGAAAAAAAAAUGCAGGUAUAAUUUAGCGCAUAUGAAAAAACAGACUAAAUUUCUUGCACUAUACAAGCUUUUCAAACGAUUUUUACUUUUCUCUUGUCAUUGACACACAUCAACUAAAUCUUUGACGUCAAUGAAAAAAUGCUACCACUCACGGGGCACUAAGGAUUAACUUGUAACGUGGGUCCGAUGGUCCGACCGCAGACAAUUAUU